AUGGUCAAGUGGAAGUUGGGAACAACUCUGUUGAUUGUUCUCAUUAUUUUGACUUAUUUAACCAGUCAAUUAAAACAGCAGUUACAUGACUUAACACUUUUCAGUCGUGAACAUCCAGUGACAGUACUAGUUUUCAUUCAUAUCCAAAAAACGGCGGGUUCAACGUUUGAACGAUCGAUUGUUCGUCGUUUGAAUUUCGAUUCGCAACCAAGUUGUCGCUGUCCGACGAUGCCGAAACAGAAUCAGACUAAUCGACCAGCGAUUAAAUUAAGAUGUGAUUGCUCAAGAAAUAAUGAGCCCUGGCUUAUCAGUCGAUUCAGCGUCGGAUGGUUAUGCGGAGUGCAUGCAGACUGGAUAACAUAUCACCGUUGUUUACCAACAAAAAUGAAUUUCGAUUAUGGAUUAAACCAACGCAAAUUUCUGUACGCUACCUUACUUCGCGAACCAGUCAGUCGUUUCAUCAGUGAAUACCUUCAUAAUCUUCGUGGUGCGACCUGGCUGUCGGAACGUUUACCCUGUCACAAAGCACAACAACUUCGUCAUCAGAAUUCUUGCUGGAAAAAUACAAACCUAACUGGCUUCAUUCGUUGCCCAUUUAACUCUGCCAUAAAUCGUCAAACUCGUAUGCUUUCAUCGUCGAUAAGAAAUUGUCAGUCACCGUCAUUCACGUAUUCGGAUUUAAUUGAUUUGUCAAGUGCGAAAAGGAAUCUCGAGUCCAUGGAGUUCUUCGGUCUAACCGAACAUAUUCAUCUGAGUCAACGUUUAUUCGAACAGACAAGUUAUUGUAAAUUAUUCCGUAUCUGUUCAUUUCAAUUCUAUCUCGAACAAGACGUACGAAACAAUCAAACAAACGAUUAUCUCGAAAAGAUCCUCACGCCAGCCAGUGGAGAUGUUAUUUUAACAGUAACAUCUGGAACACCUUUUCGUAUUCAAAACUAUCGUACAUUAGCCUAUGUUCUUACGACACUUGUCUAUCUUGUUAUUGGCGCCGCCAUAUUUGAUCGAUUAGAAUCGACACAAGAGUCGCUUCGCUUAGCAAAUCUUCAAGCUCGUAUUGAUGUUUUUCGACAUCAGCAUAAUAUGAGCGAAGGUGAAUUCGAAAAUCUCACUCGAACUGUCCAAUUCCGUUUGAAUUACCGCAAAAAGCAAUGGAAAUUCAUCGGUUCGUUCUAUUACGCUACUGUCGUUCUUGCACUUGUGGGUUAUGGUCACGCAAUACCUUACACGAAAGCUGGACGCGCUGUCACCAUCGCUUAUGCACUGAUCGGCAUUCCAAUGUGGCUGAUUAUGAUUCAGAGCGUUGGUGAACGAUUAAAUUCACUGAUAACUUUCGUGUUAAAACGUAUCAAACGACAUUUUAAACGGAAACGCGAACCUCAAGUAACUGCUAUGGAAUUACUGACGUGUGAAGCGUUGUUAACUGUGUUAACGUUAGCAACGGGUUCAUAUGUUUUCCAUCGAUAUGAAAAUUGGCGCUAUUUUGAUGCAUUUUAUUAUUGUUUACUAACCUUAACGACGAUCGGUUUCGGAGAUUUAGUUCCUAUGCAAAAGGAUGACUACGGAAGCAUCGGAUGGUUGUAUAUCUUAUUCUGUAUAAUGUUUAUUUUGACGGGCUUGACGAUUGUUGCUUCGAGUGGUAAUCUACUCAUUCUACGUUUUGUUGAAACGAACACGAAACGAUCGAGAAACGAACGGUACGAAAUGGAAGAACGUCGUCGACAACAAGUUCGAGUUGUUGGCGAUGUGAUUUCAUCUAAUGGUCGUCUUGUCACAUUGGAGGACGACGAAGACACACCAUCACUAGCUGGUCCAUUGCAUAAUCAACGUUUACCAACGGAAAAUAGUCAAAGUGAUUUAUCGCUGUGUUCAUGCCGGGCACAACCGUCUCUAUCGUCGUGUAUACCAACAUCGUGCAAAACAAAGUUCAAACGAAAACAUCCGAACUUUUUUCUUCAUCAAAAAUCGAACUUGCUACAACCACAGACGAUCGUAGUGCGAUCACUGCGAGAACAAAUUCUGGAAUCAUUUGAACCGAAGACCGAUCUGGAUGAAAAUACUGCAUUGCAAAGAUCGUAUCUUCAAUUGGACAAGAUUCAGAAACGAUGUUCGAUAUGA